UCUGCUGAGGAGCUGUGGAGAGCCUGGCAACAGCAAAGCUCAGCAAACACAGACAUUCGUAACAUGGGUCGAAAUGAUUCUGUAGUAUGUAAAAGCAGCAGGUGGGGAUGCUGAACGAACACGCAAAUGCAUUCUGAGUUAAAGAGAAACGGUCGUUGAGGAGAGGGGUGCUGGGCCACAGACUGAGCAUUCAUUCAAAGAACAUUAUCAGCAGCAAAAUGAAAGAUUUUGUCCUGUCAUUGUUGAGUCGUGGGUACGGCCAUUUUGUGCCAGAUGAAAAUGGUAUUGAUGGAAGACUGGAGGUCUGCUUUGAACCAGAGGACUACUUCAACUGGAAAUCUCAGCCUCCCCUGCUGCGUCUUACGAGCAGUGGCCGGUUUUUUGGAGGCCUAGAGCCGGCGCCACCUAAGACCUACAGUACCAGGAGAGGGCCUCUUAUUCUGUAUUCAGAAGAUCUCGCACUGGCAUACCAGUCUGGCCAGGUUAACAGGAAGAGAAAGACUCCGAGCUGCCCAAAACAGGAAGUUGAGAAACAGCUGCACACACUGCAAGACCUGACUGGAGCUAUUUUGGCCUUUGGAAAAAAGAAGGCACAAGUUGGAUCUUUUGCUGGUGUAACGCACCCAUUAUUGCCAGAUACUAAACAUGCUACCCAGAACAUCCACAUGCAACAGAGACCUGGAGAGAAGAACUACAAUCCAAGCCAGGCUAAAGGAGAGAAAGCUGGACAGGUCAGAUACCAGCCACGUUUCCUCUGCUCCCCUUGGCCCAACAGGGCCACCCUGGGCCCUCUGCCACCCAUAACAGAGGGUUUGGUACAUGUACAAAUCUGUGAGAGAACUCAUGCUGCACCAGAUGAACAAAUGACCUUUAAGACUAAAGUACAGAAAGACGAACUGAGCGAGAAGCCAAAAGAGAGAAAAAGACGGGAUAGGAGUCUCAGGAUAGCUGUUGACACAUGCAGAGCUCAGAUGAGUCCGAUCCCUGAGACACAACCUGCACAUCAGACUGAAGAUCAAACAAUACUCCCACAUCUUAUUGACCAUCUCAAGGAUCUAAAUGGCCGUGGGAAGCGCACUCGGAUGGAAAGUGGAAAUGGUGUUGCAGAGACGUGCCCUCUAAGGUCAGUGUAUGUGGAUUCAUCUUUGGAAUACAGCCCACUCUCACGGGUCAACUACUACGGUGGACACAUGGAGGGAUCCCGCCAGAUAAGACAUUGUGGAGGUGAAACUCACGUGAGGAGAGUGAAUAUAGAAACAGAUCCCAGCUUCACCGUCUUCCACUUACCGCCCAUUAACCAGAGCCUACUGGUCAACUCAGACUCUGACAUCACAUCAACAAUGAAUAAACCGGAAAUAACAGAUAAAAAAAGGAGCUGUGAGAAUUUACCACAACGAGAACUACGCGUACAUCUCCCUGGCAUCAAAGUGGGAACUACACAUGAAAACCCCUCGGAGAGCCGCGUACACAGGAAAGUGCUGCUGCUUUUCCCUGCACAAACAGAACAUACAGACAACCAUCAGCCAGAUGAUGACCUUCAUAGGACCCCUGUUAAGGAGCGUGAGCCAUGUGGUGAUCUGGAGCAUGCAGAGGGGCUAGACCAAAGAGGACAGGACCCUCUCUCUGACAGCAGGUGCAGGAUUAUAGAGAUGGACCUCGGGCACUUCAUGUGGUCUGACGAUCUAGAAAAAGGAGAUCAACAUCCCCCCCUUGGUCCAUUGCCCCCCCUGGUGGGCCGGAGGGGUCCAGGUAAACAGAGCUCCAUGGCUGCGUACAGACAGAACCUAAAUGACCCUGCAGACACAACAGAAGAACAGACAGGAAACACUAGAGGCUGUCUUCCUCCAGAGCUCAGAGAAUGGCAGGGAGGCAAAGCGUUGGGCACCUUAAUAAUGGGUCCUGAUGGUGAAAUCAUACGCUUGUCUCUCUGGGAUCCCGCAGUUGACACCGAGGACCACCCAAUAAAGGGUGAUGUCACACAAGGUCACGUUCUUAAGGUUGUGACUUCUGAGGGAGAUUUGAAACAGCCUUGGACGAUCCUCAUACAGGACCACACCACAGAUGAAGAAGAAGUCACCACAAGUACUACCGAAGAAACUACUUCUAACAUGGAACAGCUUGACUCUAGUCAUAAGGCGUUUAAGGUCACUCAACUUGCAGAGAAAACUAAUGCUAAGAAGAAGCAGCAUCCAUUAGGUUCCUACAAUAAAACAGUCCGGAAGACACAGGUGUUUAAGGUCAACACUCAUGCAGAGACUAAUGCAGAUGAGGAAGAGGAGGAGGAAGAAGAAGAAGAACUGGGAGAAGAAGAAGAACUGGGAGAAGAAGAAGAAGAAGAACUGGGAGAAGAAGAAGAAGAAGAAGAGGAGGAGGUGGAUGAGAAUGAGGAUGAUUGUUUAAGCACUGACAAUCAACUUGUUAAUAAUGCACAGGUGUUUAGGAUGAAAGUUCACACACGACAGAAGAAGGCAGAAGAUGAUCAGGAUGAUUUAGACUGUCAGACAAUUCAAGAACAGGCGUUUAAGGCCAGAUCACAUGCAAAACAGACUACUGCCAAGAGGAGGAAGGAUUGUUUAGACACUGAAAUAAUUCAGGAGGCAGAGGUGUUUAAGGCCAGACCACGUGCGAAGCAAAGUAAUGCCAAGAGGAAGGAUGAUUGUUUAGACGCUGACAAUGAAAUAAUUCAGGAAGCACAGGUGUUAAAGGUCAGAUCACGUGCAAAGCAGAGUAAUGCCAAGAAAAAGGAGGACUGUGUAGAUGCUGACAGUGAAAUAAUCCAGGAGACACAGGUGAUUAAGGUCAGAUCACGUGCAAAGCAGACUAACGCCAAGAGAAAGGAGGAUUGUUUCGGCUCUGAUGGUGAAAUAAUUCAGGAUGCACAGGUCUAUUUACCUGAGGAGAGAUUAGAGGAAAUGAGCAGCUCCACAACUCACCAGCUCAACAAAACCGGAGAAGAGGCCACUAGGGUGCAAAGAAACCGAAAAGUAAAGACAACUUUACAGCCGGAAACAGGGGUGACACGGGGGUCAAAGAAGACCAAAGGUGCUGCGCCUGCUAUCAGCCCAAAAUCAACACAUUUCACUCCCAGAGAACAUUCACCGGAGUCUCUGUCUCCUGAAGGACAGACAGAAAUCCAGACAGGAUUACCAAUGGAGGCAGACAUGGGUCAUUCAAAGAACACAGGUGGAAGAGAAGAUGCGGAACACACGCUGGUGGAGAAAGUAAAGAAAAAUAAAAAGCUUAAUAAGCAAACAGUUAAAUCAAAAGGGAAGACUGUUCAAAUUCAUAAAGACAUUGAGACCCAGAAUACCAGUGUCCCUGACGAUCCCACUUCUACCUCAAAGAAAAAGAAAAAGAGAACUGAAAAACAGAAAACAGAAGUGUCUGAUGAAGAAAAGGAAGAGCCUAAAAAAAAACAGAACUCAGUAGUUAAUGUUAAAAAGAAGAAAAAGGGUCAACCAGCAUUUGUUGUAGGAAAACCUCGGCCACAGGAAGCUGAAUGGAUGGCAAAUCCAGUGGAUGAGCCUGAGAGACAGAUGACCCUUCAGAGAGAGGUGACAACUCACGACACAGCGGAUGACCAACUACAAAACACUGAGAACACACAAGAACAAACCGAUAUUGACUCUGGGGAUGACAUGGAUGCUGAUACAGACUCAGAGGGUACAGACACAUAUGAAUCACAUGAGGACUCUCCCAGAUCAGUUUACAGCACUCACAGAUCGCAGCACUCACUCAUUACAGCACGUUCAGAUGGCAGCAUUCACAGAAUCUCACAGAACUCCAUCAGAACCACCUCAAUGGGGGUGGCAGCCCACUGUGGCCCGUGUAGCCCUGCACCCCUUUCUCUUAUCCACCUGCCUCCUCAGUCAGAACACCCUCCUGUCUCAGACCCCACUAAAUCUGAGACAGGCAGUGAUGUUAAAAGCAGCGAGGUGCCCACUAACCAAACAGACAAAAAAGCUGCAGCACUGGCUGAAAAGGCCGAGCGCCGUCGUCUGGAGGUGGAGAAGAAACGGAGGGAGAGAGAGGAGGAAAAAAAGAGACAGCAAGAAAAAGAGAUGACAGAAGAGAGGAUGAGGAUGGAACUGGAAGAAGAACAGAGGAAGAGAGCAGAGGAAGUGAGGUUACGGAAGAUUAGAGAAGAAGAUGAGAGACGAAGAAGACAAGAGGAGGAGAUGGAGAGACAGAGGAGAGAGCAGGCAGAGAAGGACAGAGAAAGAAGACGACAGGAGGAGAAGAGGAGGCUGCUGGAACGGCUCCAGAGAGAAAGACAGGAAGAGGAGAAACGGCAGGCUGCUGAACUGGAACGCCAGCGUUUGGAAGAGGAAGCUCGGAAGGAGGAGGAGCGCAGGAAGCUGUCAGAGAUGGAGGAGGCUGAGAGACUGGAGUACCUGCGAAGACAGCAGGAGGAGGAGGAGGAGAGAAGGAAAGCUGCUGAGGAGAGGAGGAGGAAGGACGAGGAAGCAGCGAUGCACGCUGAACAGGAGGCCAGACUGCAGGCUGAGCUGUUUGCCAGGCAGAGGGCAGCACUGGAGCAGCACUUAAAGUUUCACAGGGGUCUCUUUGUGGAGUCAGAAGGGCUGGAGCAGAUGCAGGAUAUCUCUCGUCCCUGGAUUUUCUCCUAUUUCACCCUGUUGAAGCUGCUUGGCUUGUCUGAGGACACACUCAAUGAUGUGCUGUGAUUCCUUCUUUUGGUCUCAUGCAGUAAAGUCCCACACCAGCGCUUAAAGCUGUGUGGAUGCAUGUUUCAAUAGGUGAACAAACUGCCACAUGUGGAAAUCUGCUGGAUCACAUCAUCUCGCUUUGUCAUAUCAGCACUUUUGAAUUGCGCAUGCUCAAACUGGAUUUUUCUUCUUUUUUUAAAGUAUAGAAGUUUGACGUUCUACAUAAAUACAACAAACCUGAACAUUAAUUUAAACUAAUCUGCAAAAAAAUGGCUUGUUCAGAAAUCACCAUUUCAAAGGUCAUUUACGUAGAAGAAGACUUGACAAAAUGGAGUAAUGGCACUUGGUGAAAUCAUGUUCACCAUUUUGAGGCAUUAACUUUCUGUAUGAGAGUCAAGCUUCUGCAACAACAACAUGUGAUUUAUUAUGUGAGGAUCCUGCUUAAAGCAGUGGUUCUCCACCAGGGGGUCCAGGGCCCACUAGGGGCCUUCAUCAAACUUCCAAGGGGGCCUCAAAAUGACUUACAAUGAUUUAAAAUAAGACAAGCAUUAAAAUAAGCUAAAACAACUUAAAAUUAAGAUCUUCUUGUAAUUCACCCCCUCAGCAAACCUAUAUUAUUUAUAUAAAGUAUAUUAUUGUUAUAUACCAUUUUUAUAAAGAAUAUAUAUUUUUCUAUAUAUGUUAGGAUCUAAAAUUCCUUCAAAUAUUGUUGUAGACAACAGAGGGAGCCUUGGAGUCAAAGAAGUUGAGAACCACUGGCAUACAGUGAGCAGCGCCCUCCACUGUCCACAAGCAGAAUCUUUUGUCAUAAGAUGAAAGAUUUGUUCAGGUAUAUUCUAAUAUUUUAUAUGUAGUUAAUGUGGCACUAUAGUAGAAUAUAAGUUUGAAAGAUCACAGCAUGGACCGCGAGUUACACAAUGGCUAAAGGAUUAAAAAGACAAACUAUCAGAAAUUUCAUGUUUUAAUUUAACUAUGAUUAGCAGCCUGUAACAUGAAAAAGUCAGAAGACCUAAAAUAUCUGUAAGUGAAAGACCAUGGGCAAACAUCAAAAUACAGAGGAUUAGUCUUCAUAAGGUAAUGAAAAUAGUAAAAAUAGAAAACUUUAUAAAGAAGUUGCAAAACAGGCAAAUUCAUAUUUAAGAACAUCUGCGUGAUUGUGUGGCAGAUGACGAAGGUGAUAAUUCUCUGCAGCGUCAUGUAUAUACAUACAUACAUACACACAUUAAAAGCUUUCAGUAUUUGGAGCAAGAUGUGGAAUAUAAUUUUUUCUAUAAAAAUAUAGAAAAUAAAAUUAGCCUUUUUAUCAGAUUAUGUGAAGGAAUAAUCAGCAGCUUAAUUGAUUAUCGUUAGUUGCAGCCAUAGACUGUAAAACAUUGUAAGAAAAUGUAAUUGUAAAUGUAAGACAUUAUUAUGAAUUAUUAUAUUAUUUAACUAGCCAAUAAGACUAGUGGAUGCAGACAGUAAAUAUGUAUUGAUUUGCAAGUUAGCAAGCAUAAAACAGUAACAGUAUACUUGCAUACUUUAAAAUUGAUAAUUUGUUGAUAGGAGGAAAAUCAAAAGUCAAAUGGCAGAUAGAUUGACAAUCACUAUAUAAAUUUUGCCAAAACAUACAACAUGUCUUUGCUUUCUUCUUUUCAGCUGCUCAAUGUUUCUUGUUCACAACUUAAAGUUUCUUUUUGUCCUUGGUGUCUUCAAUUACAAAAUCAAGACAUGGUUUAAAAACAGAAUUAAUUUCAUAAUUUGAGCAGAUCUGUUGUUUUUGCUUUAUUUGGUCAGCUACUGGACAUUUACCAAGCUAGAAAAAGGGCAAGGGUGUAAAACAAAUAAAAAUGUAAACAAAAA